GAUAAUCACACACGUGCGAACUUGAGAAACUUGGACAGAGGAAACGUCAUACUAGAUUCUAGGUCGAGUUUGUUUUUGUUUUUGUUUUUAUACGUCAUGGCUACCACAUACCAACUGAGUGGCAGAGAAUCCCCAGCCAUAUAUCAGGCAGUAGACACCAACCCAGUUACUGAUUCUACAGUCAUUCAAGGUUCAACUUCCAGGAUGAAUGCAGAUGCAAUUCUACAGAAGCUUGGGGCCUAUGGUCGAUAUCAGGUUAUGAUCUUUGCAUCAUUAGCUUUUGUUUACAUGAGAGGGUCGUGGCCUGUCUUAGCAAGUAUUUUCCUGGCUGCUGACCCAGGCCACCACUGUAGAGUACCUAGCAACUCGUCCCUCAAUGCAUCUGUUCCGGGUAAGGUUGAGGAAGAUGGGACAUGGACCCCUGAUCAGUGUGUUAUGUAUGUCCCUGGGAGUGACCACAACAAGACACAGAGUUGUAGUAAUGGCUGGCAGUAUGGCAACCAGUUUGAAUCUACCAUUCUCACAGAGUGGGACUUAGUCUGUGACAACAGCUAUCUGGGUGAUCUCUCCACCACCAUCUAUAUGGUCGGUAACACAUGUGGAGCUCUGCUGUUGACUCCAAUCUCCGAUAAGUUUGGACGUAAGAAGCUGAUUCUGUUUUUGCUGUGGAUACAGGGAGUGUUUGGUGUGGCGACAGCUUUCUCAAACAGCUACACUCUCUUUACCGUUCUUCGUUUCUUCAUCGCUCUUCUCAACAUGCCAAUAGCUCUGACAACCUAUGUGAUGAUGGCUGAAGUCUUCCCUGCUUCCCAUCGAGCUCUACCUUCAGUAGGUAUCAACUGCUUUUGGGGUAUAGGCCUUAUCUUCCUGUCUAUGUUCGGCUACUUUCUGCGAGACUGGAGCCACUUGCAGUUGUUGAUAUCAGUUCCCAACUUCCUAACGAUAAUGUAUUACUGGUAAGUUUUUUCUGGUGAGAA